AUGGGGGUUGAAUUGGACAAAAAGCACGCUAUCAUUGCAAUCAGAGCUUGUUAUAGAUCAGCUUCGAAGCAUCCCGUGGUGGUUGUUUUGAUUCUUUUUACGAUUUGGUUUUAUCGAUCAUUCUCUCUGCUGUUUUCUCUUUUGGUUUAUGCUUCUCCUAUUCUCGUAUCCACUGCUGUUCUGCUUGGAACUUUGUUACUUUUUGGUCAUCAAAAUGCAUCCAAAAUCCGAAAAGAAGGAAAACAACAAUAUCAUCAUCAUCAGAUCCACAAUCUGCGAGUUAGGGCUAUCGAAGAUACUGAUAUUGGUGGGAAAGGUGUAAGAAGUGAAACGCGAGAAAAUGCUAUUGGGAAGAAAAAUUCUGAUGUUAGUAAUGUGAAUCUUAAUGAUGAUCAUCCUAGGGUACAAAUUAUUAAACGAAGAAACUCGAUUGAUAACAGUGUAUUAAUGGCUUAUAAGAAGUUAAAAGAAGAAGCAAAGAAUGAAGUGUGCAAUCACAAUCAAAAGAUCGAUUUGGGUGGAGAGAAAAUUAUGUUUGUGAACCGUUGUGCUCACUUUCAGCCUCCACAUGCCAACAAUACUGAGGAUCAUAAACGAUGGGAGACAGGAUCUCAGCAUUCUGAAAGUUCAUUCCCAACUGCUUCCAUGGUUGGUGCCUUUCCAAUGGUUCAUGAUCUUCCUCCACUUCAGCAACCAGAAGUUCCUCAGAAUAAUCACAUGUUGCAUGUUCAUAGAAGCGAACCAGAAGUUCCUCAUCAUCAUGCUCAGACAUUGCAUGCUCAUAGAAACGAAUCAGAAGUUCCUCAUCAUCAUGCCCAGACAUUGCAUGGUCAUAGAAAUGAACCAGAAGUUCCUCAUCAUGCUCACAUGUUGCAUGUUCAUAGAAAUGAAGCAGAAGCUCCUCACCAUGCUCAAAUGUCGAAUGUUAACGCAUAUGCUGCUUCCAAUCAUUCUCUUGAAUCAGAUGAUCAUGAUGAUGAUGAUGAAGAAGAAGCACAUACAUGGACAGAAGAUGACCAAAAGAAUCUGAGAAAUUUGGGAAAAUCAGAAAUAGAGAGAAACCAGCAUAUGGAGAAUCUUGUCGCUAGGCAAAAAGCACUAAGAAACAUGAGGAUUCAAGCUGAGGAGAAUUUGGUAAACAUAAAUCUUGAUAUUUCUUAUAGUUCCACUCCCAUUGCAUCAACAAGAAGGAACUCCAAUGCAUCUACAAGAAGGAAUUCAAUGGAUGUUCCUUACGAUUUCAAUGAAACUGUUGUUGAGUCCACUCCCUCGGAUAUGAUGCCAAGAACAAACCCUUAUGAUCCUCCAUACGACUCAAGUGGACCCACUUUUCAAUCAGAUGCUUUAUCCUUCCAACCAAACCAUGAGGGAGGGGGAUCCAGGCAAAACGAGGGUUAUUAUACUUUUGGGGCAAGUGAGAAUGUUAGUCAAAGAAGCCGAUCUUCUGAUGAUGACGACAUGGUGAAGGUCCAUCAUGUUACAAGAGAUGGCAGAGUUUAUGAGUUUAAAGCAAGUAUUAAUGGGGAUGAGACACGAAAAGAAAAAAGUAAAUUUGAAUCAGAUUCUUUAUCCUUCCAACCAAACAACCAAUCCAGCCAUCGCCAUGAGAGUUGUGAUGUGGGUUCUUCAACUUUAGGGGGGUACGUACACAAUGAUGAGGUUAAAACAAGCGAUGUGGGUGAGAAAGGUUAUCAAGGGAAAAGUAGCAGUGAAUCAAGUUCGUCAUCAUCAUCAUUUUCUGAUGUAAGUGAUCACUUAGAUGACGAGGAAGAAGAAUACGAUUAUAGAUCCGCAGUCAUGCCAUCAACACCAGAGAGACAGAUCCAGGAGCAACAGAAGAAGAAUAUCCAACAAAGCCCUAAAUUGGAGCAUGGGGACGGGAAGUUGUCCCAAAGGCCGCCUAAGGGUCUAACCUCAUGGUUUGGAUGGAAGCCAUGA